GUGAGCUAAACAUCAGUGAAAAACAGUCUGUGUUUACUGAACUACAGAACCAGGAGAAAGACAGGAUGGGCACUGCUGGAAAAGUUAUUAAAUGCAAAGCAGCUGUGUUAUGGGGGCCGAAUGAACCCUUUUCCAUUGAGGAAAUAGAAGUCGCCCCACCAAAGGCUAAAGAAGUUCGCAUCAAGAUUUUGGCCACAGGAAUCUGUCGCUCAGAUGACCAUGUGAUUAAAGGAGUCAUGGUGUCUAAGUUUCCCGUGAUUUUGGGACAUGAAGCCACUGGGAUUGUGGAGAGCACUGGAGAAGGAGUCACCACAGUGAAACCAGGUGACAAAGUCAUCCCUCUCUUUCUGUCUCAGUGUAGAGAAUGCAAUGCUUGCCUCAACCCAAAUGGAAACUUAUGCAUUAAGACCGACAUUACUGGUCGCGGAGUACUGGAUGAUGGCACUACCAGAUUUUCAUGCAAGGGCAAACCAGUCUACAACUUCAUGAACACCAGUACGUUUACUGAGUACACAGUGGUGGACGAGUUUUCCGUUGCUAAGAUUGAUGCCACAGCUCCUGCUGAGAAAGUCUGUUUAAUCGGAUGUGGGUUUUCCACAGGAUAUGGGGCUGCUAUUAAAACUGGCAAGGUCACCCCAGGCUCCACUUGUGCUGUCUUUGGCCUGGGAGGAGUUGGCCUUUCGGUCAUCAUGGGCUGCAAGUCAGCUGGUGCACACAGGAUCAUUGGAAUUGACCUCAACAAAGACAAAUUUGCGAAGGCCAUGGCUGUAGGAGCCACCGACUGCAUCAGCCCCAAGGACUUUACCAAGCCCAUCAAUGAGGUGCUGUCAGAAAUGACAGGCAACACUGUGGGCUACAGUUUCGAAGUUAUUGGGCGUCUUGAAACGAUGAUUGAUGCUCUCGCAUCCUGCCAUUUGAAUUAUGGGACCAGCGUCGUGGUAGGUGCUCCUCCAUCAGCCAAGAUGCUCACCUACAACCCUAUGCUGCUCUUCACUGGACGCACAUGGAAGGGAUGCAUUUUUGGAGGUUGGAAAAGCAGAGAUGAAGUUCCAAAACUAGUGACUGAUUUCCUGGCAAAGAAAUUUGACCUAGACCAGUUGAUAACUCAUGUUUUACCUUUUAAAAACAUCCAAGAAGGAUUUGAACUUCUCUAUUCAGGGAAAAGCAUUCGGACUGUCCUGACGUUGUGAGAUGCUCAGGGGCCAGAGGUCUGUGAUGCAAGAUGGUCCUUUCCACGUGUCCCUCCGCUGAGGUCCUGGGUCUGCUUCAUACACACAGGCGCAAGUUGGGGGCUCGGUGAAGAUAUAUCAUCUUUAUGAAAUAAAUAUGUAGAGUCUGAUGAGCACCUGGGAAUUAACAGGGGGCUUGGGUCAACAAUAUUAACACUUUAAAUUUACAUUUCCAAGGCUGUAAUUAUAUAUUUUGAAAAAGUAUACUUUGUUAUAAAUGAACUUGGAUUUUGUUUUAAAAUCAGUUAUCACAUGGUAUAAAUUGAUUAGAUUAGAAAAGAACGAGGGACGUUCUUUAAUGAUUAACUUUAAGAAUCAUCAUUAUAUAACCAGAUGAAUCUGAUAUAGCAUAACUAUUUGCCUGCCUAUAUUAAUAUGUCAAAAAACACCUUUUAUAAUACUACUUAAAUAUCAAAAAGCAGCUAGAAUCAAAUUGCAAUAUAUAUUUUAAUGUUAGUUUCAAUAAAGUAGAAUUAUAAAUGUGUUAGUGC